AUGAAUAUAGAAGUAACCAAUAAAGAAAAACAUUUAAUUAAAUUAGACAUUGACGGAACCAGCACUAAUCCGGAUUUUUCGACUUUGAAUCAAAAGUUAAAAGUUGUUUUGCAAAAGUUAAUAAAACAAGGGCAUAAAAUUUGCUUUACUACCGGACGAAAUUAUUUAUCCGCUUUACCUUUUUAUAAAGAAGUGGGUUUGGAUACUUUUUUAGUUACCUAUAAUGGGGCUUAUAUUAAUAAUCCGGCGGAAAAGGACAAUAAAGAAAUAGUGGUGUUCCAUUCCAUUAAAAAUAACGUAGUAAAGGACAUUUUGGAUGAGCCUGUAAUUAAAAAAAAUAUCUGUAAUGUUCUAAUCGACCACGUUAAUGGAUUAAACUCGGAAGGGGAAAUAAACUUAAAAACCAUUAGCACCAGCGAUGAUAUUUAUUAUCAAGAGAUAUUUUUCAAUGGCAAUCCUUACACCAAAGGAGAAAAUAUUUUACAACUGCUAGGAAAAAAAGACGUUUUACAAUUAGUUUUAGAAUUUCCGAAAGAUGAAAGAACCUUUAAUGAGAUUUUGUUAACUUUACGGAGAAAAUACAGCGAUGCAAUUACUUUUUAUUUCGGCACUAAGUUAAAAGCCAAAACACCCGGAGACAAAAUUUUGGUUCCGGACCCCGAAAGAAGAAUAAUAAAAAUUCGGAAUGAAUUAGCCAAAUUAGUUCACAGCGUUGGUAAAGGGGUAGUUACCGCUGACAGUGAUAGUUACCUAAAAACUUAUGCUUAUGCUAUAACCGACUUCGGACUACUUAAUAGCGAUGGAGUAGCCAAAUAUCUAACUGACUAUUUUAAACUAGAUAAAUAG